AUGGAAAAGAGGAACAAUGUAACCGAAUUCAUCCUCCUGGGCCUUACCCAGAACCCUGAGGGGCAAAAGGUUCUGUUUGUCACAUUCUUGCUCAUCUACAUUGUGACAGUAAUGGGCAAUCUGCUCAUCAUGGUGACCAUCAUGGCCAGCCAGUCCCUGGGCUCUCCUAUGUACUUUUUUCUGGCUUAUUUGUCAUUUAUAGAUACUGUCUAUUCUACUACCAUUGCUCCCAAAAUGAUCAUUGACUUGCUCUAUGCAACAAAGACCAUUUCCUUCCAGGCUUGUAUGACUCAAGUUUUCAUAGACCAUUUAUUUGCUGGAGCUGAGGUCAUUCUUCUGGUGGUGAUGGCCUAUGACCGCUAUGUGGCCAUCUGUAAACCUCUUCACUAUUUGACCAUUAUGAACAGGCGGGCGUGUGUCCUUAUGCUGUUGGGGGCCUGGAUUGGGGGCUUUAUUCACUCAUUAAUUCAGUUCAUCUUCAUUUAUCAGCUCCCUUUCUGUGGUCCAAACAUCAUUGACAGCUUUGUUUGUGAUAUGUAUCCCUUGCUAAAACUAGCUUGUACCAAUACUUACCUCAUUGGACUCUGUAUGAUUGCUAAUGGAGGGGCAAUUUGCACUGUCACUUUCUUAAUUCUUCUAGUUUCCUAUGGGGUCAUUUUACAUUCCCUGAAGGCACACAGUCUGGAAGGGAAGCGCAAAGCUUUGUACACAUGUGCAUCCCACAUUACUGUGGUUGUUUUAUUCUUUGUUCCUUGCAUCUUCCUGUAUGCCAGGCCUACUUCCACAUUCCCCAUAGAUAAGUCUGUGACUGUGGUUUUAACUUUCAUAACUCCAAUGUUGAAUCCCUUAAUCUAUACCCUGAGAAAUUCAGAAAUGAAAAAUGCCAUUAGAAUGUUACUAAGAAAGUAUUCAAUCUUGGAUAAUAAGUGA